AUGGCGGGCAAAGAUGCUCUAGUACUCCUAGCAGAAGAACCAACAGCAGCACAAGUGGUAGCGCAUGCGGUGGCAGAGACAGCAGCAGCAGCAGCAGAAGUGGAAGCUCAUGCGGCGACAGAGACAGCAGCUGCAGCAGCAAAAGUGGUAGCUCAUGCGGCGACAGAGACAGCAGCAGCAGCAGCAGAAGUGGCAGCUGAUGCGGCGACAGAGACAGCAGCAGCAGCAGCUGCUGCUGCUGCAGCGCUGCCAGGAGCCCAAGGUGGAUGCAACCCUGGAGACGCCGCUCCAACUGCAGUGAAUGUGGGGGAGAAGCCUCCCCAGCCUUCAGCAGUAGCAGCAGCAACGGAGGAAGCGAGUGAGUUGCAUCUCGCACGUGAUGCGAGCCCCACCAAGACUGGAACACAAGAGACUCGGCAGCAGGCAGCAUCAGGGACAGCAGCAGCAACAAAAGCUCAACAACUGCAGCAACGCGCCCUCCAUCAUUUCUUUCCGUCGUGCCCUCCCCCGCCCUCGCCAAAGAAGGCGACGAGGAGAAACAAUCGGCAGCAGCAGCAGCAGCAGCAAAACGGCGAAGAAUCGACACCCCGAGCGGAGAGUGAGGCCGCAGAGACCACCCCUGCGAGGAGCAAAAGGAGAAGCCGUGGGCUGCUCAGUACUGCAGCUGCCGCAGCGGCAGGAGUAGCAGCAGGCGCUGCUGCUGCUGCCCAAAGCAGCAGCGUCGAUGCUGCUUCUGCCGGCGAUGCAGUUACUGAGUCAACGGGACGUCGCGUUAAGAGGGGCCGCCGGCUCACACAGAAUAUGAGUGCUGCUGCGGCUGAUGCUGCUGCUGCUGCACCUGAGGCGGGUGAAAAGUUAAAGAGGCAGAAGCGGCUGCCUCCAGUGGAGGACACUGCCGCCGUCGACGCAAUAGAUGUGGACGGCGAAGAUCAGCAGGGGCAGCCGCAACAACAGCAGCAACCACAGGACCAGCCGCAGCCGCAGGAGCAGCAGCAAUCACAGGGCCAGCAGCAGCAGCAGCAGUCGCAGCAGAAGCGUGGCGCCGCGAGGGAUCAAACGGCAAGGACAGCAAAGGGGCUCAAGGGCCCUUGGAGCGAAAUAUUCGGAGCCCCUCGUAAGGUGGCAGCCACAGCAACAGCUACACGAGCUUCUCCCCGAGAAAGAAAAGCGAAGCCUCAGAAGUGUCCCAGUCGCUCUCCAGUCAGCAACAGCAGCAGCAGCAGCAGCAGCAGCAAUGAGACGGCGGCGCUUGAUUCGCCAUGCAGGACGGAACGGGAUAUCGGCGUGGUCCAGCAACAGCAAGCGAAUCUGAUGAAACAGCAGCGGCAGCAGCGGCAGCAGCAGCUGCAGCACCAGGAACUGCAAGAGAGGCUCCGAGCACUGCAAGAGCAGCUCGCUGCAGCAGCUGUUUGCCGCCAGUGGCUAAACAGUCUGUCAGCUCCGCUGCAGCCGCAGUCUGCUGCUGCUGCAUCUCACGAAAAUCUAAAGAAGCUUCUAGACGCCCCCUCUAACGACCACCGUUUUGGCUGGGCCGCGUCCAGGAGCACACCAACGGUUUUCUUGUCUGGCCCAUUUGUUUUUACUUCAGAAGUGGCUCUUCGAGCUGCAAUAGAGGCAGCUGGUGUGUUGACAACCCGCUGUCGCCGCCGAGCUCGUUGUACAGUUACAGGGUGUUUGCCUCCAAGCGACUCCACAGUAGCAGCAGCAGCAGGCAUAGCGGACGGAGAAGCAGUGAUUGGUGAGAGCCAAGUGCUGGAAGCGCUGGGUGUCCCUGUUGAAACAGCAAGUGAACGAUUCAGUCCACUGCACCCCCGCAGCUGCCAGCCCCUUGCUGGUGUAGUGAGGCAGACGCUCAGCUGUGUGCUGAAACGGCGGCAACGGCUGCUGCAGGCACAACAUCAGUUGCAGCUGCAGCACCAGCUACAGCAAGAACAAGAGCAGCGGCAGCAGCAUGAAGAAGGUAGCAACCAUGAGGAGCUCAUGAGCAGGCAAGAAGUUAACCAGGAAGAGGAGCGAUUGCAAGUCAAGCUGCCAGCAUGCAGAGUACAGGCUAGCGAGCAGCAGCACGCGUGCCCUAUAGGCAUACAGGCUGAGCAGCAGCGGCAGAAGCAACAACAGCAAGACGAUUUCAACCAGAGUCUACAGCAGCCGGAUCAUUGCCAAACUCAGGAAGGCGGCCAAGACCAAAAGCAGCAGCAGCAGCAGCUGGGUGGAGAAGCGGCGUUCGACUUGUCGUACUUGAGAGAGAUAUGGCCAGUGGCAUUUAACCCUGUGUCCCCUGCGGAGAUUGGUGGCCACGACGAUGCUGCUGUUUCUCUGCAUGCCCUGCUGUCCGCUGCUGCGCGCUCUUGUGCUGCUGCUGCUGCUGCUGCUGGCGGUCGACAGGGCGCUGCUCCCGCCGUCGCAGCUCCACCAACAGCAAUUUGUGUGGACAUUAGUGGACGGGACAGGAAAAAGCGGCGUUCCUGUGCGGUUUCAUUGGGAGGGGAUGAAGGGCCUCAACCUGCCCCUCCCACGCCCGGUGUUGUUGUGGUGCUGAUGCCGCCGAGGACAGGGGGCAAGGCUCUGGUGCGUCUUACUGCUUUGGCGUCUCGCUUUGCUGCAGCAGAGGAAGAAACAUUGAGGGAAGCUUCACACAUAGAGGGACUGAUGCAUUCCUUCCUUUGUCAUGCUGCGGAAACAAAAGGAAUAUCGAACCCUUCGCUUGUUGCUGCAGCAGGCAAAUGUGAAGCUACAGAUGGUGCACCUGCUGAGGCGCCCCCGCAGCCUCUUAUUCGCCUUAGCAUCUAUGACUUGUGGUCACUUUCAAAGAAACAGCUGCAGCGGCUCUUGCUGCGGCGGCGAGAGGGGGCAUCGCGGGUGGUGCAAUUUCAAGAAGAAGAUGGAUCUGCUUCUGCUGCAGCAAGACUUGCGGCAGCAAAUGCGGCGUCUGCUGCUGCAGCUCCCGAUGUGUGUCUUGCAGUGUGGAGGGAGGGGGAUGAUGCUGCCUCAGCCAGAGCAGCAGCAGAGGGCCUGAUUGAAGAUGCAAUACGAGACGCUGCGCUCAAAGGCGCGUCUCGCAGCUCUGCCGCUGCGUCAAGGCCGCAGCAGCAGCGCAGCAGGGCAGCAGAUAUUCCUGACGACGAAGGAGGAAACAACUACAGGAACACAGUUGCCUAUGUUGAACUCUCGCGGCCUCCUAGAGAGGUAUUCAUUCAACGGCAAGUCUUCAAGCUCCCAUGCUGCAGCUGCCUGCGGCUGUUGGCCAUUGUCAGGGGAGCCCUAGCAGUACGAAUGGAUCGCCGCUUUGUAGGUUUGGUGUUAGACGCUACAGGGCCUCUCAACGAGGAGGAGUGCCCUUCUUUUGGUGCUGCUCUGAACUGUCUUCACAUUGUUCUUCGCACCCAUCCGCACCUGCGCUACUUGCAUGCAGCAGCAGCAUCAGAAGCUGCUGCUGCUCUUUCAUCGGAAGGACUGAAUGCGAACAGGGUCUGCACGGCAGCGACAGCAGAUGCAGCCACCUUGAUGCCGUACGAGGAGCCGCCGUGGGACGAGUCGGUCUUGGAGCGCGAGUUGCGGUGGCAGAAGCAGGAGUUGCUACUGCAACAUUUCGUGAUUCCUCCUCUAGAGAAGCCCCUUGAGCUGCCUUGGGACCUCGCAGAGGCUCCGUUGAUGCCGGCGUGGCGGCUGCAGCGGGGCGGCAAGCAGCAGCAACUAUUGCUUUUCUCGCUGCUGAACGCUCAAGUAGGAGACAUAUUAGUGGCCCCUUUGCAUGCCCUGGAUUUGCUAUUCUGCAAGAUGAUGGCUUGGCGUGAUGCACGCGGAGCCCUUGCAGGAACCACUGGCGAGCAGGCUGAGAUGCUAAGGGAACACUCGAUGUGCAACAUUGAUCUUAUUCUGCGCGCGUACCUAUCUGCGGCAAAAAUGCUCAAGUGGGAAGAGAUGACACGGGGACCUCUAGCUGACGUGAAUGAUGAAGCGCUCUGUGUUUUGGGUCUAGAAAAAGCAGACAAGACUUUCUCAGGCGGUUCCUACUCACAUUGUACAGAUGUAGAGACGCUUAGCGCAGCUGUGUCAAAGACAGCCCCACUGUGUCUGGCUCCUGUGGCUUCCCCCACAGCUGCAUUAGCCUGUGAGCUUGUGGGUGAGUUGACGUUGGGUUCUGUAGCCCUGCUGCAGCACGGGGACCUCCCCGGGGCCCUCGAGUGCCUGGAGAGCGGUUCGGCUGCUGCUAUGCUGCAGUGCAGGCGAAUUCGGUCCCUUGCGUUGCAGCAGCGGCAGAUGACGCGCAGGCGCAUGCAGAAAGCGGCGGAAGGGCCCCAGAGAGCCGUGUUACUAGCCCAGAGACUGACAGCCUUGGCACUCAGCAAUUUUGCCCAUAUUUGCAGGACCAGACUGCCCUCAGCCGUUGCCGCUUCCAGUGGAAAACCUGCAGACUUCGUGGAGAUUGUAGACGCAGAUGACGCGAGCAGCGAGAGCUGCGUGGACACACCAAAUGGCGUAGACAUUGAAGAGAGUAGCUGUGAGGAGGCUGCAGUUCCACCAGCUGCGGGCUCGACGGGAGUACAGCUUGAUGUCAUGGAGGCACUCAACGGCUAUGGUACACUGGGGGUAUUAUCUUUUGCUUCAGUCAGCACCAUACUGCACGGGGGUGACGAGCUGCGGCAUUCAUUGCUGGAGCGCGCAGCGGAAAUGCAACAGAAGACCACAGGGAAGGGCAAAGGAACUAGAGGGGGCAGAAACAAAGGUCUCGCUCUUGACCCACAGGCGAGGCUAGAAGUCAUACUCUCGGCGCUUGAGUGCCAAGUCACUUAG